AUGUCAAGUAAAGUCAGUGAUAAAAUGAGUCAACAGAAAAAAUGGGAACAAUAUGCUGCGCCUAGUGGUAAUAUUGGCCUAUAUAAUGAUAUCCAAAGUUUGCCUCCUUCAUAUAAUGAAGUUAUAGCUGAUUAUCAUGAACCAAUAGCAUCACCAUCAAGCCAAACACCAAAUCCAGAAUAUGAAGCUGAUGAAGAAUUCAACUUGGGCUCACCUAGUUCUCAAUCUCAAAGUAUACCUUGGAAAUACCCAAAGCAAUAUAAAUGUAAAUUAUGUAAAAACACAGGCUGUAUCGGUGAGUUAAAAUGUGAAAAGUGCUGGAAGAAAUUUAAAACUUCUCAAAAUAUUAACGGAUUUGGUCAAAAAGUGUUUGAUGCUGGCAAUGCAAUUUCACCACCUAUUGCCUAUAGAGUCCGUGGUGCUCUAGGGUUACCGUUAUCCAUGGUUCAAGGUAUGCUUUUUGAAACUCCCAACCCUAACUCGGUAGAAGGUAAUGCUGAGUUGUUUGCCGUUGCCAACGAAAACUCAGAACAUCUCCCAUGGUCCUACCCUGCUGGCUAUUGGUGUCGUAGGUGUAAAAACACCGGAUACAAAACUAAUGGUACUCAUAGACGGUGUAGGCUAUGUUGGAGAAACUUCCAUCAUUAA